GCCUGAACGUUCCCCGUCCGCGUUCCGAGCGGGUCGAUACCGCAUCCGCUCUGGAAGCAAUCCCAGUUGGGAAGUGUACCCAACCACAAGUGGCUUCUCUCCUGAAAAGUGCCGCCUCCUGGCUUCAGCUGGCUGGCCGAGUGGCGCCGCUCUGCUGUGGGUUUGUGAGACCAGGGGCUUGUCAUGAACCAAGCUCCUUUCCGCCCUGGGGUGUGUCUCUUCUCCUCCACACUCAUGUCAUCGUCUCUCGCUCUUGUGUGUUACGGUUCGGCCUUGUAGUGGUACGGAUAUCGUUGGCGUUUGUCGUUUCUUUGCUUGCCUGUCUCUCGUUUGCCUUGCCGUGUCGCUCCCCAUGAGAGGGGGCCGAGAGUGACGAUGACUCGUCCGUCCUUCUUUUCUCGCACGUUUCUACACACACUUGCUACGGCUGCUUCCCUCGUUUCCGGCCUCAAGUUCGACGCAAGUUUGGCCGACUGGAAUAUCAACACCAACCGAUCGGCCCAAAGCCCCCUCCAGUACUCGGGUCCAGUACGGGAGAGCUACUACCCGUCUCCAAAAAAUUGGAGGGUACCCAUCUACACACUCUUUUUGGAUCGUUUCGUCAAUGGCGAUCCCAGUAACGAUGAUAUCAAUGGCACGGCUUACGAGACCGACAUGAUGAGUACCCAGCUCCGGUUUGGCGGGGACCUGGAGGGCUUGAGGGACUCCUUGGAUUACAUCGCCGGCAUGGGGUGCAAGGGCAUCUAUAUCGCAGGGUCUCCGUUCAUAAACCUCCCAUGGGGCGCCGAUUCGUACUCGCCGGUCGACUUGACCCUCCUCGACAAGCACUUCGGCACCCUCAAGGUUUGGCAAGAUGUUAUCGACGAGAUCCAUAAACGCGACAUGGCUGUGGUGCUGGAUAAUACCAUGGCGACGAUGAGCGACUUGAUCGGCUUUGAAGGCUACCUCAACGACAGCACGCCGUUUCGCGAGGAGGAACACAGGGUGUUAUGGAAGGGUCCAAGGCGCUACCUCGACUUCGAUAUCGGCAACGAGUACAACGCGACAUGCGACUAUCCCCAGUUCUGGUACGAAGACGGCACCCGCAUCAACCCGCCGGGCCUCAAGGGCUGCUACAACAGCGAUUUCGACCAGUAUGGUGAUAUUGAGGCUUUUGGCGUCUGGCCUGACUGGAAGCGGCAACUGGCCAAGUUCGCAUCGGUCCAAGACCGUCUCCGCGAUUGGCAUCGUCCCGUUGCCGAUCGCCUUGAGCAUUUCUCCUGCAUGGCCAUCAAAGCUUUGGACAUCGACGGGUUUCGUAUCGACAAGGCCGUCCAGGUCACGGUUGAUGCACAAGCAUCCUUCAGUUCCGCGAUGCGCAAAUGCGCCGGCGAAAUCGGUAAAGACAACUUCGCUGUGUUUGGCGAAAUCACGGCCGGAAACACCCUGGGAUCGAUUUACUUGGGUCGUGGUCGAGAACCUGUGAAGGAUGACUUUGGUUGGCAGGACGCAAUCGCAUUGGUUAACAAGUCCGACUCCGAAACAUCCGGCUUGUUCAUCCGCGAGCAUGGCAACAGCGCUCUUGAUGCCGGUGCGUUCCACUACUCAAUUUAUCGCUUCAUGACGCGCUUUCUCGGCCUGAGCGGCAAUCUCGAAGCUGGCUACGACCUCCCGCUUGACUGGGUCGAGGCCUGGCAGUACAUGGUGCGCACCAACGACUUCAUCAACGCCAACACCGGGGAGUUCGACCCUCGCCAUCUGUAUGGUGCCACCAACCAGGAUGUUUUCCGCUGGCCCGCCAUCGAGAAGGGCACUGAGCGCAUGCUCCUCGCUUACUUCAUUACCACCCUCCUGUUGCCCGGCGCCCCUCUGGUGUACUACGGCGAAGAGCAAGAACUAUAUGCGCUGGACGGUACGGCCUCCAACUACGUCUAUGGUCGUCAGGCCUUCGCCCCUUCCCCGGCAUGGAAAGCACACGGCUGUUUUGGACUCACUGUUGGACAAUACGUCGGUUGGCCUAUCGAUGCCGGAAAGGGACGCAGGGGAUGUGAGGAUCCGGGCGUUGCCCGGGACCACCGCGACCCUUCUGCACCGGUCCGCAACAUCUUUCGGCACAUGUUUGCUCUUCGCGAACGCCUCCCGGUGCUUGAGAAAGGCUGGCAGCUCGAAACUCUUGCCAAGCAAACUGAGUCCAAACUGCUCAAUGGCAGCACUCAGGAGACAGAAUUCGGCAUUUGGAGCGUCGCUCGUGGCUUCUACACUGCGGUGCAGCCCGAAGGCUUGACAGAUCCGCCAGUGUGGCUCGUCUACCACAAUCAACCGAACGAGACGACUUAUCGUUUCGACUGCAACAAUAAGGAAUCCGCCUUCAUUUCACCCUUUGACGAGGGAACCAAGGUCAGAAAUCUUUUCAGCAGUGACGAAGAACCCAUCACUCUCGAGGCCUCUGUGCGGCCCAACAACUACACUGGGACAAAGAAAAGUGCUGGCUGUCGAAGCAGCAUCACACUCGCGCCGUACGAGUUUCGCGCCUAUGUAAGGGACGAGUUCUGGGUGCAGCCGGCGCCAAUGAUCACCUUCUUCAGCGCCGGCGAGUUCGCGAGAAAUGGAACCCCUGGUCAUGAUGUGUCCCUGGACUCGACAAACGCUGGCGGUGUCAUCGACCCUAUCUACAUCGACUUCAACGUCAAUAUGGACUGCGAUUCCGUCAAGGACGCACUGUCUGCCGUGGCUGUAAUGGAUGGCGUGAGCAGUCGGAAUCUCACGUUUGACACACCCUCGUGCUCGGAAAUCCCGCGGAAGAACACAAUUCCGUAUACGGGAGCCCUCCAGUCAGCGUGGAGGUUGGAAACCAGGUUGCGCGAAGUCCCGGAUGGCAUUGUCAAAAUCACCGUGGGCAAGGACGCCGCCACCGCAGGCGGAACCACCACGAACAUAACCGACCAUUUCCUCCUCCGCUUUGGCAAGCCCGACAACCCUGUGGUCUUCCCCACGGCAAACUAUUCCCGCAGUCUUCUCUCGGUAGAAGGCGGGACAAUGUAUGUCCAGCAUAACGCCGCUGGUGCCACUCACUGGCGGUACAGCACGGACUGGGGCUCGCAUUGGAGUUCUUGGACGGAGUACAAUUCCGCAAACGGCAAAGCCCAGGUCACCGACAGCGUCGCAAUCGGCGACUGGAAAGGGACGGAGUUGCAAAAAUGGCCUGGCAAGCAUCUCACGGUGCAAUAUUACAGCAAGCCGCUGGGUUCCUCGGCCUUCGUCCAGCACUCGGACAGCAGUGAUGUGCCGUUCCAACGCGUGUUCCCUCACAUCAGGAUCCAUGGCCCAUACAACAAGUGGGGAUACGAUGCUGGCCUGCCCGGAUCCAUGGAUUUGGUGGCUGACCAUAAGUGGACUUUGCAUUUCAUGUACGAAUGGCCCGCCAUUUUCCAGCUCAACAUCUGGGGCAUCAAUCCGGACAACCAACCGGAUGUCACGGCCAUCUACGGGGACAUUGACAACGACGGCAUUGUCGACCGCCUUCCUCCUAGCAGUCUGGCAAAGAACGUCAUCAACAUCACCCAACCGCCUCCGAUGCCAGCGCUGGCCUACAAGCUUGUCUACAAUGAUGCGGCUUGGCGGUUUGACUACAUCCCUUCCGGGCAUGUCGGCACCCAGAUCAUCAUCUUCAUUCUGCUCGCCGUCUUGCCCGUCCUGUCCGCCGUGCUCGCUGGCUGGGUUUACAUGCGCAGCUUCUAUCAAGUGAAGGUCAACAAGUCGGGCUUCACCAGCAAGGGAUGGAUGCCGCUGGGGCUGAGCAACCUUUCCAAGCUUGACCUCAAGUCUCUUGGUAAGGGCGGGGUCGAGAUGAGCGCCAUCACGCCGACGCCACCCCCCAGUGCCGCCAUGGCUCCCCUCGGCGCCUCCGGCGGUCGGCGGACCGUGCUCAUUGCCUCCAUGGAGUACAACAUCGACGACUUCAAAAUCAAGAUCAAGAUUGGUGGUCUCGGUGUCAUGGCCCAGUUGAUGGGUUCCGCGCUUACCCACGUGGACCUGAUUUGGGUCGUUCCCGUUGUUGGCGAUGUCGACUAUCCUUUCGAUCGCAUGACGCAGGCAGAAUCCAUGUUUGUCCAAGUCAUGGGCCAGCCGUACGAGAUUGAGGUCUACUACUACACCGCAAAGAAUAUCACCUACGUGAUCCUCGACGCCCCUAUCUUCCGCAAGCAGACCAAGGCAGACCCGUACAUUGCGCGCAUGGACGACAUCGAGAGCGCCAUCUUAUAUGCCGCGUGGAACUACUGUAUCGCCGAGACCAUCCGCCGGUUCCCGGUCGACAUCUAUCACAUCAACGACUACCACGGCGCCGCUGCUCCGCUCUACCUCCUCCCGCAGACCAUUCCCUGCUGUCUCUCCCUCCACAAUGCCGAGUUCCAGGGCAUGUGGCCGAUGCGGACACCGGAGGAACAGAAAGAGGUCUGUGAGGUCUUUAACCUGCCGCCAGAAGUGGUCAAGGACUACGUGCAGUACGGUUCCGUCUUCAACCUGCUCCACGCUGGUGCGAGCUACCUCCGGAUCCACCAGCGUGGAUUCGGCGCCGUUGGCGUAUCCAGGAAGUACGGCGAUCGCUCCCUCGCGCGGUACCCGAUCUUCUGGAGCUUGAAGAACAUCGGACAGCUCCCGAAUCCCGACCCAUCUGAUACGGCUGAGUGGGACCCCACCAAGGACGUUUCGAAGCAGUCCGGAAAGGUCGAGAUAGAUCAGAGCUUCGAAGAGAAGCGGGCGGACCUCAGACGCCAAGCGCAGGAGUGGGCUGGGCUAGAAGUCGACCCUACAGCCGAGCUGUUUGUGUUCGUCGGGCGGUGGAGUUUGCAAAAGGGUGUGGACCUCAUCGCCGAUAUCUUCCCCAGCAUUUUGGAGAAGUAUCCCAAGACCCAGCUCAUCUGCAUCGGACCAGUCAUCGACCUCUACGGCCGGUUCGCAGCGCUGAAGCUGCAGAAGCUCAUGCAGAAGUACCCUAAGAGGGUGUUCAGCAAACCCGAGUUCACUCAACUCCCGCCCUACAUCUUCAGCGGCGCGGAAUUUGCGCUCAUUCCCUCGCGUGACGAGCCCUUCGGCCUGGUCGCCGUCGAAUUCGGCAGGAAGGGCGCCCUGGGUGUGGGAGCACGCGUCGGUGGCUUGGGCCAGAUGCCGGGUUUCUGGUACACGGUCGAGUCGAUGACCCCAUCCCAUCUCUUGCAGCAGUUUAAGCAGGCCAUCAUCUCCGCGCUCGAGUGCAAGCCUUCUAAGCGAGCUCUCAUGCGAGCGUGGAGUGCCAAGCAGCGCUUCCCUGUCGCGCAGUGGAUCAAGCAGCUGGACGAGCUUUACAGCGAGUCCAUCCGGAUCCACCACAAGGAGGCGAGGAAAAAGAAGCUCGACGCACUCAGCCCUCCCAGUCCGAAUCCCAGCCGGCCAGGCUCACGGCCGACCUCCCCAAGGCCGACCUCCCCCAGCAGCACGGUGACUUAUGUGGACAACCAAGGGUCCGCGGUGUUUAGCCCCGGUCCGGAGACGAACUUGGUGCCGCCGUCGCCUUCCGCGAACCCGACAACAAGGUCCCUUAUGAGCCCUGGACCCGAUCUGCCUACGCCAACAGCCCCGUGGAUGGGAGGGAGAUCCAAUUCGCCCCGUGACUCCACAACGAGCUCUAUCGGAGGCCCCGGGAGCUUCUACGCUAACCCUAGCGCGCGCGACAGCACCGUCAGUGUCGACAGCUUUGCCAUUCGGGCACAAAGGGACGGAAUGCCCUCACCGGGUCUGACUCCUGACCACGGCCUGGCUCCGCCUCGCCCCACGCUCGGACAAUCCCACCGCAACAGCAGCCUGCUGAGCCUCCCAGACGUCGUGGGCGACAGACACGACCUGAAGCUGCAGCAGGUCGACCAGUUCUUCAACGACUCUAACGGCGAGUACUAUGCCAUGUUCGACGAGAUGCUCGACAGCCUGACGGCCCAGAACUCGGCCAAAGACCUCUGUAUCGAGGAGUUCCUCAAAAAGAGCGAGAAAGAGUGGUUCGCCAGGUACCGCGACGCCAAGCUGGGCCGACACCGAGAGUCGCGAAUGAACAGCCCGGCGAGCAGCCGGCCCGCGUCGAGGAACGGCGACAGGCGGAACGAGUCUGUCGUCAGCCGAGGACGGCAACGGCAUCGCAGCAUGACGCCGAGUAGCUUGGCCCGAUCCGUGUUUGAGCAUUCGCCGCCUACCAACGUGGAUGAUGAGUUCUUGCUGGGCGAAGGGUACCAGGCGCCCACGGGACUGAAGAAGUUCCUUUCUUUCCGCAUCGGAGACUGGCCCAUCUACUCGUUCCUCCUUGCCCUCGGCCAGAUCAUUUCGGUCAGUUCAUACCAGAUCGUCCUCCUCACGGGCGAGACCACCCAGACGCCAGAGAAGCUGUACAUGGUAGCAGCAACGUACAUUGCGACCUCGAUCAUCUACUGGGCAAUGGAGCGGAACCUCCCAUCUCUUUACGCGCUUUCGGUCCCGUGGUUCUUCUUUGGCCUUGCUUUCUUGUUUAUCGGCAUCGCACCCUUCCUCCCAGACUGGCGUGACGCCAACAGGCUUGAGGCUGCCGCGACAUGCUUUUACGCAGCCGGCGCCAGCAGCGGUGCGUUGUCGUUUGCGCUCAAUUUUGGCGAUGAAGGCGGCGCCCCAACAAAGCAAUGGAUCACUCGCGCCCUGACCGUGUCCGGGUUCGCCCAAGUCUACAGCAUCGGGCUCUGGUACUGGGGCUCCAUCGUGGCCAACAUGGACCCGACAGCGACCGUCUUCGUCGGGACGUCCAACGUGCCGCAGGCCGUCGUCGUCGCCGUGCCCAUGGCCGUCGUCUUCUGGGCCAUCGGCGUCGUCCUGUACCUCGGCCUGCCCGACUUCUACCGUCAGUCCCCCGCCAAAAUUCCGGGCUUCUACAUCUCGCUGUAUCGCCGUAAGGUCGUCCCCUGGUUCUUUGUCAUGAUCAUCGUGCAGAACUACUGGUUGUCGGCCCCCUACGGCCGCAGCUGGCAGUUCUUGUUCAAUACGCAGCACGUGCCCGGAUGGGGCAUCUUCCUGCUCGCGCUGGGCUUCUAUGUCGGGCUCUGGGCGCUUGUCCUCUACGUCUUCUCGUACUUUUCCGACGAGCACACGUGGCUGUUGCCCAUCUUUGCUAUUGGCCUGUGCGCGCCGCGCUGGGCGCAGGAGUUUUGGGGCACGAGCGGCAUCGGCUGGUAUCUGCCGUGGGCGGGCGGGCCCGUGGGGUCGGCGAUUGUAUCGAGGUGUCUGUGGCUCUGGUUGGGGCUUUUGGACAACAUCCAGGGCGUCGGGUUGGGCAUGAUGCUGCUCGCGACGUUGACGCGGCAGCAUGUGUUGACGGUGCUGAUCGGCGCGCAGAUUGUCGGCAGCGCCUUUACCAUGCUGGCGCGGGGGACUAGUCCCAACGCGCUCUCACCGCACACGACGUUCCCCGAUUUCUCGCAGGGCGUCAUGCCCGGGGCGGCGAGCCCGUACUUCUGGGUGUGUCUUGGGUUCCAGUUGAUUAUUCCCAUCGGGUUCUUCAAGUUUUUCCGGAAGGAGCAGGUCGCGAAGCCGUAAAUGUCCCAAGUCGUGGGGCUGGCGGAUGGCACAUGUGUGUGGAACUUGGAGUCAGGCGGGCGGCGGAUACUUUUGUGUUUUGGUUUCGUUACGGUUUGGAUACCACCUACCUUCUUUUGAUCGUUGAUGCGAAAUUUUUUUUUUUUGGGUGUAAUGUGACGAUAUGAUCACGUACGGAUAUAGACAAAUGUAAUAGAAUGGACCGAAUACAGUAUGAUUUGGC